UUUUAGUCUGUGGAAACCACGUUGAUGUUUGUGGUGUGAUGUUUGUUUUGAUUUCAAAUAUUUUCUUUCUAAAAUACAAAUUAAUUCACAUAAUUCAAAAUGGGUAAACUAGACGUAGCAAUGUUGCGAUAUUUAACACCUGAAGAUUUCCGUGUAUUAACUGCUGUUGAAAUGGGUAUGAAGAACCAUGAGCUUGUCCCUGGAUCUUUGGUGGCGUCGAUAGCUAACUUACGCCACGGUGGUGUACAUAAACUCAUGAAAGAUCUGUGCAAACAUAGACUACUUACUUAUGAAAGAGGAAAACAAUAUGAUGGAUAUAGACUUACCAACUCUGGUUAUGAUUACUUGGCCCUUAAAGCACUCACCAACAGAAAGGUUAUUGCAUCAUUUGGUAAUCAGAUUGGAGUGGGUAAAGAGUCUAAUAUAUACACAGUUGCUGAUGAAGAUAAGAAUCCUUUAUGUUUGAAACUGCACAGGUUGGGUCGCACAUGUUUCCGUAACAUAAAGGACAAGCGCGACUACCACGCGCACCGGCACCGCGCGUCUUGGCUCUACCUGUCGCGCAUCUCCGCCACCAAGGAGUUCGCGUACAUGAGCGCGCUGCACGCGCGGGGCUUCCCCGUGCCGCGCCCCGUCGACUGCAACCGGCACUGCGUCGUCAUGGAACUGGUCACCGGCGGACCCUUGACGCACGUGUCAGCCGUGGAGGACGUGGAGGCGCUGUACGACGAGCUGAUGGCGCUGGUGGUGCGGCUCGGCAACUGCGGGGUCAUCCACGGCGACUUCAACGAGUUCAACCUCAUGCUGGACGAGGCGGGCCGGCCCGUGCUCAUCGACUUCCCGCAGAUGGUCUCCACAGAGCACCCCAACGCUGAACUUUAUUUCGACCGCGACGUGAAGUGCGUGCGCGAGUUCUUCAAGAAGCGGUUCGGCUACGAGAGCACGCUGUUCCCGCGGUUCACGGACCUGGAGCGCGACGACCGCCUCGACCAGGAGGUGGCGUGCUCCGGCUACAAGCGCACCAAGGGCAUCGAGGACGACCUCAUGCAGGAAAUGGGCAUAGGUCUGGCAGUGAGCGAGGACGAGGCGGACGGCGACGAGUACGAAGACGCUGAAGACGAAAAAACUAAAGACACAGAAGACGAAUUGGCCACGCUCAGACAACAGGUUGCCGAUUCUUUGCAACACGACGAGCCCCAACUAACAGAAAACAUAACCAAACUAUCCAUAGACAAUAAAAACGAAGACGAGAUACCCACAUUAGUGCCAGCAGAUGUACAGAAUAAUACAGAAGGAAAGGAAGAAAGAGACAGAAAUUCACAGAAGUAUAGACUGGCAAUGAUAGAGAAGGCGCUGUCGGACGUGAGAUCGAUGAGGUCAUACACGUCCGCCAGUACGAUAGCCCCAGAAGUGGUGAAGCAGCAAGUGAAGAAGAAUCUAGAAGUUAGAGAGAAGAAGAUGGCGCGGAAGCACGCGGUAGCGAAGGGAGAAGCGAGCGCGCUCACUCGCCAGCGAAGAGACAACAGAGAGACGAUCAGAGAGAGUCAUGGUCUAUGGGGUUGGGAUGAAUGAUAUAGAAAUAAAGAUAUUAAAAAAAAUA